AUGGUUGAGGAUUUCUUGGAGGUCUUCAUGGAUGACUUCUCUAUGGAAGGGAUUGUUCUUGGUCACAAAAUCUCUGAAAAGGGAAUUGAGGUUAAUCAAGCCAAGAUUGAUGUUAUUGCAAAGCUUCCUCCACUCAUCUCUGUCAAAGGGAUAGCCAAUCCUAUGUGCAAGCUUCUUGAAAAAGAGGCUAAGUUCGAGUUCGAUGAAAAGUGUCGCAAGGCAUUUGAGGAAUUGAAGGAGCGACUUACUUCAGGCCCCGUUAUUGUAUCACCUGAUAGGUCUCUUCCCUUUGAACUUAUAUGUGAUGCUAGUGGAUUUGCUAUUGGAAUGGGCCUAUUUGUUAGGGUCCCAAGUGGUGGUGUAUACAGACCAUGCUGCAUUGAGGAAUUCGAUUUUGAAGUCAGAGAUCGUAAAGGGUUAGAGAACCAAGUUGCAGAUCAUCUAUCAAUGUUUGAGAAAGCUGGCAGACCAAUGGGAAAACUUGAAAUCAAUAAUGCUCUCCUGGAUGAGAGGCUUUUAGUCGUGUCAUGUGAUGUAGUACCAUGGCGUGUCAUGACUCUCCGCUUGGCGGUCAUCAUGAUGGAAAUCAAACAACAGCUAAGGUGCUCGAGUGCCGUGGCUUUACCUAACAAUGAGGCGAAAAGUGUCACAAGCUUUCAGAAGAAGAACAUUUUCACCCGUUUUGGCACCCUGAGGGCAAUCAUCAGUGACGGUGGUUCUCAUUUUUGUAACAAGGCCUUUGUGGGACUGCUCAAAAAAUAUGGUUUCAGGCAUAGGGUGGCCACCCCAUAUCACCCUCAAACAAGUAGCUGGGUGGAAGUCUCUAAUCGGGAGAUAAAGAGUAUUUUGGCCAAGACGGUUAAUGUGAAUAGGACCGACUGGUCCCGGAAGCUUGAUGAUGCUCUUUGGCCUUACAGAAUGGCAUUCAAAACUCCCAUUGGAACUUCCCCUUACAGGAUGGUGUUUGGAAAGGCGUGCCAUUUGCCAGUUGAACUUGAACACAAGGCCAUGCAGGCAUUGAAGAAGCUUAUUAUGCACUUAGAGGAGGCAUCCAAGCUUCGGUUGUUUCAACUUAAUGAAAUGGAUGAAUUCUGGUACCAAGCAUAUGAGAGUGCAUCCCUACACAAGGAAAGGAUGAAGCAUUACUAA